AUGACUGCCACAGUCGACAAAGCCAAGAAACUUCUUGUCUCCAACGGCGCUCAGUCGUUGAAGAAGACCUCCUCCUCCACCAAGGACAAGCAGGUGGAUGACCUCAGACGCAAGGCCGCCAAGAAGGAACAGCAACGGACCAAGAAAGCGAAGAAGGAGGCCCGUGCCAAAGUCACCGCGGACUUGAAGGACUGCAUCAAGGAACUGAAGUCGGCUUGCGACGAGCUGAACUUCCGCAAGGAUCUGCUGAUUGAGUCUGUUUCCAAGACCCUUGACAUGGCCCUGGCUACCAUGCGCGAGAUCGAAAAGUUUGAGGAGAAGUAUGGCGAGAAGUAA